AUGAUUCAAAACCCCAAACUGAGAGGAACCUCAAUUCCGGUACAUGUGGCGAGCUCUCCCAAUAAUUUGGGUUCAUUACAUGGAAGAGCUUUCGGAAUGAGCACUUGUGGAUUGAAUAAUGAUUUGAGUUUGAUGACGCGGACUGAGCACUCUCUUUCCAAGGCUCAGUAUGGACAAGAUCCUAUUGAGGAGCCACGAGAAUUGCCUGCAACACGAUUUGGUAUUAAAAUUGAGAGCAACGGAACGGCAGGAGAUGCCAUACAUCCUUCCGAGCCACCUCUUGCAACAUAUUUUAGAGAAAAGAAAGAAGCAAUUUAUAAGAGGGAACCUGUUGGACAUUCUAGCAAACAUGUAACAUUUGUCAAAGAACAUCAAAAAGGAGGUCUCACAUUUGGCGUCAAAACUCAAUACAAUGAGAGUGCCAAGAAUGUGCUGUAUCCCAUCGAGCGUUAUGAACAAAAUGAAAUGGAAACGGAACGAAACGAAUUGUACAAAAUAUCACACCAAUCUUGGGAAGCAGGAGAACAGAUCAAUAGAAAUUAUGAUUGGGAGAACACCCCAAUCCAGGAUCCAACCAAGCACCGAUUUGGGAAAAUUCUGCCACCUGAAACAGACGGUGCAAAACUUACACUCUCUAAUUAUUACCAACCUCCCACUCCUCAACAAUUACUCCAUGACGAGCCAGUUCCCACCACAUCGCAAUUUGAAGGGAAAACCUUUGGAAUGCAAAACAAAAUAGAUGAAUGGGGAUCGAUUGAUUGCAUUAGAGGUUAUAAUUAUGGAGUUGACAAAUUCCCUGAUCGUGGUUUCAAUGCUCCCAUUAUUCCUGGAACAGAAAGCAUGACUUUUGGUGUUAAAUCAAAGCAAGACCUUGGCGCAAUUGCUGUUCUUUCCAACCGUGUUGACGUUCCAGAACGAGACUUUCCACUUUCCAAAACAGAAUUACAACAAUAUGUGCAAGAUGUGGUGGCUCAAGAAGGAGUCGAGUUUGAUUUAGUGUUUCAGUAUGCUACGGAGCAAAUUGGUUCGGACCAGCUCUCUAUCAAUCAAUUCCUCAGUAUUUUCAAUAGUCUUUACAAUUCAUCAUAA